AUGACGAGUUACUCUAUUGGUUUUAUUUUGACAGUCGCCAUGAUGCCAGCCAGAGUGGUUUCCCAAGAUUAUAUAAAAUUGGGUUGCUGGGCUGACACGUCAAACCGGGCCAUCCCUACUUUAGAAGGUAAAGAUCCCAUCCUUGACGGGAGCUACAGGGCACGAAGGAACGCAAUCGAGAAAUGCUACCAAGCUGCAAGGAAACGCGGGUACAAAUAUUUUGCCCUACAGCACAGUGGAUGGUGUGCCUCUUCCUGCAACGCUGGGCAGACAUAUAUGAAAUAUGGACCUUCUACUCAUUGCCAAGCAGAUGGAGAAGGUGGACCAUGGGCCAACCAACUUUACCAAAUUACUGGCGGUUCAGAAUGCGGGGACGGCAGCUACCCAUAUGCUGAUAGUUUUGACUACCUGUGUUAUCGCUCAGGUGUAAGAGACUGCGCUACCAAUAUGCCGUACUUCGAUAUGACCUCUGUUAAUGAUAUAAACGCCAAAUGUUCUGAAAUGUGUGGGUUUCCAUUGACCGUCCAGUCUCUGCAAGAACUAAUGCAACUCGAACGACAGUUCACAGCGUUGGCGCCGUUUAACUGUACACAAGAGAUGGCGACUACUGGUCAGGUGUCAGAGAAUACCUCGGAGUACGCCGUGAUCAAAUAUUUCCCCAGUUCCCAAGGCCAAAUGGAUUGGAUCAUCGACUUGCGCGACACGGAAAUGACCUCCAGAUUCAUUAACCCACCAAUCGAGGGAAGAUAUCUGAAGUUUGUGUUCCAGAAUCAAGAAAUGCGUUUGGAUUUCCCUGCGUCGAUUUCUGGCCAAGCUAUCUGUGAUAUGCCGUCUAAUGCAACAGUUACGGCGUCUGCACCGGCGAAGUGUGUCAUUGUUGGGGAUCCCCACGUCACAAACUUAGAUGGCAAACAACAAUUACUGAAUGCGGUGUGCAGGGUUAUUUUAUCAGAGACUUGUGUGCCUACCAAACCUGGCGAAGCGUUUCUCCAACCGUUCUCAGUUACCGGAAGAAACAGACCUAUUAAGCCAGGCAGCUCCAGAACAUACAUAGAGGAACUCACAUUUAAAAUGUUUGCUACCACUGUUGAUAUUAAUGUCAACGGAGAUGUGAAGGUAAAUGGCGUGAAUCGGACAGCGACAACCGCCCGUGUAUACAUUGGCAAUGGCUUGCAGCUCUAUCUCGCCAGUUUAACUAUCGGAAAUCAUCAACACCCUGCCGUUUUUGUUGAGGCCCCCAAUGGUCUGAAGGUUGCCCUUACCGUUCCUGAGGGGGGAAACUUUAAGCCAGGACAUCAUGCCGAAAUAACUACCCCAGCGGAAUAUGCAGGCAAGCUUUGUGGGGUUUGUGGAAAUUUUAAUGGUGAUCCGAAUGACGAUGACGAGGCUUGUUACGGACAAUCUCCAGCAGACUGCGACAUAUGGCAUCCAUCGGAUGGAUCAAAUUGCCCAGCGUAAUACCAAAACAGGGACCUAACCCGUAUAACGGCCACGCCUUCACGAUAGAACGGCUACGAUAUACGACAAACAUACGAACUGAGAACAGACUACAACUGAGAACCUGGAGGACUACGGUUCUUGAAUACAGUUAACAGGAGGUUUAAUUAAUGUUAUAUGGUGAACGACUAUAUCACUUGGCGGUGUUACUAAACUAGGCCUAUAUAUAUAUUUGUCGUAAAUGAUAUAGUUGAUGGUGUUUCCUUAAAUCGCUUGUUGUCCUUGUGAAAUCGCUCAAUUUGGUGGCUCUUUGGGGCGGCCUUAACAUUUGUCCCUUGCUCAAAACCACUGCUUGUUGAUCAAUCGCGUUUGGUACGAACAAACAGGGCUUUACAGUUAGGUUAUUAAGUUUAGAGUGAUAAAAGUGUAGUGUGACUAUGGGAAAUACUAGUAAUACAAAUUCACCGGAGUAGUCGUCAGAAAUCAAUAGGAGAAGAAAACGUAUAAUGUCUUCUCAGGAGACUUGUGAUAUUUAGAAGGAGUAGGAUUGAUGGUCAUCCUGGAUCUGAACCAUUUCUGAACCAACAAAACGAAUAUUUUUUUUAAUUAAAUCAAAUAACAAAGGAAAUGAGAGCUUGUGGCACGUGAUAUACAAUGAGAUAUAUUAGUGCUGCUAUAGUCUUACUGUGUUUCAGACUUCAAGAAACGCCAAACUGCCUAGGUGGAUUUAACACUAUUAUUGGGACACGAAGCUUUAUACAAAGAGUAUCUUAAUAUAAAAAUUUGAAAGGUCGUUGUUUUUCCAGCUCUGUCAAAUAACAGUAUCUUUGUUGUUGCCUUUUAAUUGCUUUUGUUAUUUUGCUUUUUUUGUGUAAUUUAAAGAACUUGGACUCUGAUUUGGUCUUGAUACAGCUGGUGAAUAAUAUGUUUCAUAACUGGAUAGAUUUGUUUCAUAUUAUGCAAAAUUAAAGUUAAUAAUACACGGGUCAUUUAAGAAUGUAGUCAUUAUUUGGUUUGAUGUUUUUACACUUCAUUUUGUUUGAAGCACGCCUCUUUUUAAGAGUGUGCAGUACGGAUUUAAUUGUUUAACAAUGGCUUGUUCCAUUUGCAGGAGGGUAAUCUGCUGUCUUUGUAGAUAAAAAGGAAAUAAAUGGUUUAUGAAAUGAAA